CGUUGCCAGGUUGUCAAGGGGUCGACUGCGAGCGGACGGAGAACGAGCUGGAUGAAAACGGGUUGCUAGGAGUUGCUGUCAAUUUAAAGGACGAUUGCUCCUGCGUACCUCGGACCCCUGUCGAUUCGGCCGGGCUCGACGACGAUGGUCAACCGCGGACGGAGUUCGUGACGUCCUGCGAGACCAGCAGUUUGGGACUAGUCGCCUCGAUGGUGUAGCUCAGCUGAAAUCUCGCCUCAAUUUUAGGUCGACAUUGAUGGAUCUCCACUGAUCUCAUUAUGGUGCAGCUCUGCGAUCGGGGUACAUAGGCUCAGAUGCCAGGCUCAAUUAGUCUAUCCGCCGUAAUUAGUAGCAGUUACACAUCCCUCAAAUGGGAAACUGUUUCUCAUGCUUCAAAGUGCCACCGGUUCCGCCUCCAGCAGCUGAAUCUUCCACCGAUCCUGCUUCCUGCAAGCCGCUGCAGGAAGCCAGCGAUCAAGAAGAUGGUGAUGUGGACGGAGGCAUGCUGCACCGGCAGGUGUCGGAGAAGCAGCAGCGUUCGAGCGAGAUGGUGCAGAGCAACGGCAACAAGGGCCUGAGCGGGCUGCUGGGUGAGGGCGUCGCGUCGCGGACUUUCUGCCGCAUCCCGCUGGGCGGGCGUUCUGGAAGCGACAAGCGGAGCGACACGGCGUCGGCCAACAACAACUCGCUGCUGCCGGUACGCUCCGUGUCGGACAGCAAGAUCAACGCCUUAUUUGAGCAGUACAAAGACGGGGCGGAAGACGCGAUUCUGGCUGACGGCAUCGAGCGGCUGUGCAAUGACCUUUGCGUGCGGCCCGACGAGUUCUGCGUGCUGGUGCUGGCGUGGCGCUUCGAGGCCGAGCAGAUGUGCUGCUUCACUAGGCAAGAAUUCGUCACCGGCUGCAAGACCAUCAAGGUUGAGUCAAUCAAGGGCAUGCAGAGCCGGCUGCCGGACCUGUGCCGCGAGGUGCAGCAGGACGGCGAGCUGUUCAAAAAGCUCUACCGUUUCACGUUCAAGUUUGGCUUGGACCCGGACCAGCGCAUCCUGCCGGCCGACAUGGCCAUCUGCCUGUGGCGGCUCGUCUUCUCGCAGAACGAGCCGCACAUCAUGCACCGCUGGCUGCAGUUCUUGGAGCAGCACCCGCACGUGCGCGGCAUCCCGCGCGACACGUGGAACAUGUUUCUCAACUUUGUGGAGACGGUCGGUGACGACCUCAGCUCGUACGACGACGCUGAGGCGUGGCCCAGUUUGUUUGAUGACUUUGUGGAGUUCGAGAACGAUCAGGUGAAUCAAAACGUCACCAAGGCCCGAGAGAGUGGCAUUUGCGAUUGAAGUGCUCGACUGACAAACACAAAACACACACAGGCAUUCUCACGGUGAAGUGCAUUCUGCCUGGUGGCAGUUAUGUUCCUCAAAAAUUCAUUGAAACCUAUUUUGAUACUACACACAGACACUUGACUCACUGUUCUGUUGUUCAGAUCGUGUCGUUUCGUUGUAACAAUGCUCAAGUAUUGGUUUUGAUUCACAGUGAAGAUGGUCCAGGGAAUGCAUUUCAAAGUCCUAAGAAACCCUCCAAGUCAUUUAAUGUAAUUCCAACUUUUUCAAAUAAUUGUGAUGGCAUUGUUUUAAGUUC